AUGCUGUUUUGUUUUCGUGAUGGAGUCGGAUUUGACGAAUUCGAUUUGUUUUCAUUUUGGGUUAGGCUUCUUUGCUCAAUCGCGUCUUUCGCAGGCAAAUUCAGCAACCAAAAUCCCUCUGUUGAGAUCCAGAUACUUAACAUCAAUCGGUUUAAGAAGCAAUCUCAUGGAAAUGAUGUGGAAUGGCUGCAAAGACAUGGACCAUUUGAUGCAGUCAUAGACGGAGCCAACAUAGGCUUAGCCAAACAGCGCAAUUUCAGCUUCUUCCAGCUUAACAAUGUAGUCCAAAGAUGUCAACAAAUUAGUCCAUCGAAAAGGUUACCACUUGUGAUUCUACACAGGAGUCGUGUAAACGGAGGUCCAGCUACUUACCCUAAAAACAAAGCCUUGCUAGAGAAAUGGAAAAACGCCGGUGGUCUCUAUGCUACUCCUCCUGGCUCAAACGAUGAUUGGUGGAAAGAGAAGCAUCAGGUUCGGAUAGCUGUGACUAGAGAAGAUGGACUCACACUUCACAUUCCACCUCCAUACUCCAUUGUUAUACAUGUCAAUUUCUGCUCUACACAAACUCAAAUAUAA